CGGUGCGGGGCUCCUCCCCGGGCCAUGGCGGGGCGGCUGCUGCGCGUGCUGAGGGAGGCCGUGCCCCGCGCCGUCCUCCCCGGGCCGGGCUCGUGCUCCCGGCACCGCUGCGGCCCCGCGGGCCCGGAGGAGGACGAGGCCGCGCUGCUGGCCAUGGGCUUCAGCCGGGCGCAGGCCCGGCGGCUCCGCCUGCUGCAGCCGGGCCUCGAGCCGCAGCGGCGGGCGGAGGCGGCGGCGCAGCUGCUGCUGCUGGGGCUGAGCGCGGAGGCCGCGCUGGGGCUGCUGGAGCGGAGCCCGAGGCUGCUGCGGAUGGCGGCCGCGCAGCUGAAGGAGCGCGCCGGGUACCUGCGGCGUCUGGGGCUGGAAGGAGCGCGGCUGCAGAGGGCGGCGGGCCGCUGCCCCGACGUGUUCACGCUGCCCCGGCGGAGGAUGGAGGCGGUGGUGCGCAUGCUGCGGGAGCGGUGCUUGUUCACGGCCGAGCAGCUGGCGGAGCUGCUGCGGAGCUGCCCCGAGGUGCUGCUGGAGGAGCCGGGCCGCGUGCAGCUCCACUUCCAGUACGCGUACUUCAGGAUGGGCGUCCGGCAGAAGGAGAUGGUGAGGGCCCGGCUGUUCCGCACGCCCUUCGCCGAGCUGAGGAGCCGCCACAUCUUCCUGGAGCGCCGGGGGCUCUACCGCACCCCGCACAAAGGCCAGAGCCAGAGCACCAACCCCGCGCUGCGGGACGUCCUGCGGCCGCCCGAGAGCGACUUCGUGGCCAGCGUGGCCCGCGCCUCCCCCGAGGAGUACGAGGUCUUCAAGCAGCUGCUGGCCCGGGAGGAGGAGGAGGAGGAGGAGGAGAUGGAGGAUGAGGAGGAGGAAGAGGACGAGGAGGAAGAGGAGGACGGCGAUGCACUGUACGCAGAGGGAGAUAGGGACUUGCACGGCACCGGCACCGAGCCCUCCUCAGCUGCCCCAUGGCCGCAGGGCAGCAAUAAAGCCCGCUGUCUGCACCCGCCUCAGUGACCAGCUGCUCCAGAGAAUUUACAGUUUCUGUAAAGUGUUUUUAUUUAUUAAAAAAAAAAAUCAAACCAAAAUAA